GCCGAGGCCCCAGUGUGUUUUUACUCGGGGUUGAGUAAACUCCGACCUGUUGUGUAUCAUAAUACGCGUGCACGCGGGUUUACGGGUUAGCCUCGCAUCGACCACUGGAUGCACCCUUGUCUCGCACCACGCCGCGCCUGUCUUCCCCGAUCGACGAGACUAACUUGCACAGAGUACAGAGAUAUUCCGAAGCGUCAACAAAACACCAUUUAAACGGGUAACGAGUAAACGAACCACCGUCUCCGCGUCUCCCGCCGACGGAAUUGAUAAUUCGCCAAAUCGAUCUAUCGAAUUGAUCGGUUACGAUGCCGUUCGACCGUAUCGAUUAUUAAGUGAGUGACUACUCGAUCGAUCGAUCGAUCGAUAUAGAGAAAUUUUUGCAAUCCCAUCUAGUGAAUAUUCCCUAUAAUCCCGGAUUCUGACUCGAUACACGUCUGUGACAAAGUGUAUGUAAUCAAAUUACUUCGAAGUGACUGAUCGAAAUCAGUGAGUGAAACUUGAUGAUCGAAAAUUGAUUCUGAGAAAAAUAUUUUAAAAAAAUGUCAACAACAACGUCGAAACUGUUCUGAAAAUAAUAAUAUUUAUGCAUCGUUGAUAUUUGUACAAGUGAUCCGGAAAAAUUGUACGCGCAAAUUCACGUAACAGGUGGCGCGAUCCAUCGGAAUCCAGGUGAAUCUAGGUGAAUCUGAAAAAUGCAUACGCUAUUUAGCGAGCAAAAUGCGUAUUACAGGCACGCUACGGCUGUUCCCGUUGGGAUGGGAACCCCAUCGUAUCCGGGAGUGGGAGCAGCGCCUGGUUAUUACGAACAAUAUCGAUACGGUGGGUACGCGACGGCGGCGGGUUACCCGGUCUCGGGAAUAACCCAGCAACAUAUUCAUCAUCCCGGCAAGGAUAUGGUAAAACCGCCGUAUUCUUACAUAGCACUGAUCGCGAUGGCGAUACAAAACGCGCCCGACAAGAAGAUCACGCUGAACGGUAUCUACCAGUUUAUCAUGGAACGUUUCCCCUAUUACCGCGAGAACAAGCAAGGAUGGCAGAAUUCAAUCAGGCACAACCUCAGUUUGAACGAGUGUUUCGUCAAGGUGCCCAGGGACGACAAGAAACCCGGAAAGGGAAGCUACUGGUCGCUGGACCCGGACAGUUACAACAUGUUCGACAACGGUUCUUAUCUCAGGCGUCGUAGACGCUUCAAGAAGAAGGACGCUUUGAAGGAAAAGGAGGAGGCGUUGAAGAGGCAAGGCCUGGUGCCCGAGAAGCAGCGUCAGAAUCAAGAGGAGACGAAGCCCAGCAACAUAGUGAUACCGCCGCCGUCGGACGCGUCGGGUACGAAGAAGUUGGCCAGUCUGGAGACGACGUUGUGCAAGCCGAAGAGAGAGCCCGUGAACGAAACUGGAAGCCAUUGCAUGGCCGUGCAGGCGAAGUACGGCCUGCACAGCCCGAUUCAAGACACGAAAACGGCGGUUGUGACGACGACCACGGCCGUCGCGGUGGCCGGGCAAAGUGUCAUCCAAACCGCUCUCGGUCACCAAGUGCAUCAAGCCCAUCAGGUCCACCAGGACGCCGGUAUUCAGGAUGUGUCGAUGGGUCUAGAUCCGACCAGUUUCAGCGUCGACGCUUUAAUGACGACGCGGGAGAACAGCGCCGCCCUAAUGACCAGAGAGAAUCAGCAUCACACGCAUCAUCCCCACGGUCUUCAACAUCCUCACCCUCACUCGCACUCGAUCAUGACGAGCAGAGAGUCGAUGGGCGCGGGGGUGGUGUCCAGAGAUCACUUGCCGUCCGUUUGCACGACGACGACCACGACGACGGCCGCUGUCGCUGCGAUGAUGGCCACCACCGGAUACGGCCACACCAGCUCAGUGUCCAGGAGCAACGGGUCGCCCCCCGGAACAAUGUACGCGCCUUAUUGUACGCCCACAGCUGGUUACAUAAUGGAUCACGCGGAAUAUAAUUCGAGAAAUCACAACAAUACGGCGGGACACUCGCAGUGGUAUCAGGAGGCAGCCAGCCCUGACGCCGCCGCCAUUUAUCAGGACACCCAAUCGCCGAGCUGUCAACUUUACAGAUCCAGCCCACCAACUCCGCUCUCGUCGAGUGCAGCUCCGUCUCCACCCUUGUACCACCGAUACUAUCAAGACUGUAACACCGUCAACACCAGCGGCAAUUUACCAAUCACGUUGCACAAAUACUGAGAAUACCGAAAUUCAAGGCCUCAUCACCGGGGCCUUGAAGAACAUCACACCGAUCACUACGACCCGAGCUUGGUUUACGUGAAGCAAGAGUGGAUCCCCUGCACGGAAGACCUCGCCAAAGAAUGGAAUUAGAUAAGUCUGAAAAUCCAUGAUAAAACGGGGGCGAAAGUAUAAACGAUAAUUUCGAAAAAAAAAAAAAAACUCGAUUCGCAGAAAAAAGAGAAGAAAACUGUACGAAGUACACGAUAUGUAAUUGUAAAUAUUUUAUCUUUCACGUAACAAAAGAAUGAUCACGUGGAUGUUACACGUAGCUCGUUGUAGGUGCGAAAAUGAAUAUUAACGAAUAAUAGGGAGGAAAAAUUUUAUUAGAUGAUUCUCGCCGAGGUAAACGUAAUUAUUUAUCUCGAAUAAUUCAACGUAAGAGCGUUCAAUUUCUACUUCGAUUUUAGCGUUAGCCGAGUGAAAAUAGUUCGACGCAUUUUAUACUUUACUCGAAUAAUCUUAUCUCCCGAUACAUCCUAUACCGAUCGAGAUAUCGAAGUGUAAGGAACGAAAGGUAUCGCCAAUGCGCAUUGCCAUUGCGCAUGCCGACUCGAGUUACCGACCGAUACUCGACAUCUCGGAGAAAGAUUAUCGCGAUCAGUGAACACAUUUUAUGUUUUUCUAAACGUAAAAAACCAAAUACACGUGUACUACUUUAGCUACUAAGGAGUUCACGGAUCGACGCAUAACCUCGAACUGGUCGCUCCAGACCGUGAUAAUUCCUUUUUUUUUCCUGUCAUUUCUCUCUACGACCCGCGAACGAACGAACGAACAUCUUUUUUUUCUUCAAUCCAUAACUCCUCCUUCUCUUAACCUCUUUCCUUCCGUUUCGCGUCACGAAAGAUUUAAUAUAUAACGAGAAGAGAGCUCUAUAAAUAAAUCGGUGAAAUUGGAAAACAUUAUCGAUCGAUGCAUUCGGUUUGUGAUCAAUUUUAUCGCAUACAGAGUCAUUCAUUAAUGAAUCGGAAGCUUGAUGCGAGACUGUAUCCUCAAAAACAGCUGUGAAUAUCAAUGAUGAUGGCCGUCACCUGAGCAAACAAAGGCAGGUCUCUUUCCUGAUCUACGGUAAUUUUCACCGGUUCGAAAUUUCUUUUUUUCCGCUAUGAUCGUAUUUGCAUGGAGAUACGCGCGAUCCUGUUACACUGUGUGCAACUGUGCAAACUUGCAGCGAAUUGAUCAGACGGGAAAAAAAAUAUUUUGGGAAUGCUUGUCCGCAAUUGCUCGCUACCGUCACCGGUACGAAGUCGAAUCUCACUGGAUGCUGAUAUGAAAACGGAUUUCACAAAAUAAAAUA